AUGAUAUCCACUCCCGAACCGCCGUCUAGCAGGCAAACUGAAACCGUGGAGCCUUUGUUGGAUCCUGGCCUAAUGAUGAACCAAAACGAACUCAAGGUUUGGAAUGCCUUAUGUGAGCUAGAGGACGAAUUGGAAGUGGGAUGGCUUCCAAUAUGCAAGGACUCCAUCAACUUGGACGAUGGUUCUGCCAAAAGGCAAGAAGAGCGGCUCGGACUUAUCAAUGGAAUCCAUUCUAAUAUCAUAAAAAAGCUGAGGCGAAUUGAACAGCUCAGUGGGCCUGACAUCAAGGCAAAGAGAAGCCAUGUAGAGGAAAAGGUCGACAAACUUUUAGCAACGUUCGGGGCGAAGUCAAUGACAGGAACAGAGAAAUAUUGGAUACUAUAG